ACCAUAAUUUCUUAUAUUUUAGAUGAUUCGUCAUUCAUAUGUGCGAGGCUUUAGUGCAACGUACUACGUGCAAGUGACUAUUAUGAUUCCGUGAAACGAUUGUGUUAAUGAUGGUCCCUUCAGCUCCGCCUCGAACCCUAACCAAUGGCGCCCCUUAGCUGCCCGGCAGGCCCUGACACAAAAGCACAGUCAGCUGGAUCUUGGCAUGUUAAUUAGGGAACACAAAGAUCCCAGUCUGUGUUAACACAGAUUAGCACUAUUGUCUUCCCCGAGGGUGGGGGCUGAACUGUUAUCCUGGUGCACCCUCAGAAAAGCGUUAACUCAGCCCUGUCCUUUUGACCAGGGAGUGGCAACAAGUUGUUGCUGGAUCUGGGGGAGGGCUUGUGAUUGUGCAAUUAAAAAAAUAACCACACACACACAUACACACUGGAAGGCAACUGGUUUAUAACCCCGCCAAGGAAGACUGUAGCUUUACACGGAUUAGGGCCGACCUUUGCUGGUGGUCCAGGUAGCUGCAGGAGCAGAGGACGACCACGGCAUCUCCAGGCAAGCUCUUCUGAACGUUCACCACUAAUAUGGUUAUUGUAGUUCUUAGCUAACACUAUUACUAUUCUGUCAUAGAUAGAUGAAUAUCUGAGUAUUUCAUUGGUCCAGUGCAUUUUAUGCAAUUUGAACAAGGAUAUUAUGGCUGUAUACUGUCCGGUUACAUACACUCUUCAUGCUAUAAACAUUCUGUCUGCUGCACUGAUAAUUGUUCACACAUUCAUUUCCUCUGCAGGCAUCCACAUGAUCUGCGGAAUGUGCUGUUUGUAGCCUGAGUGCUUUAGGGAAUGUGAAUGUCUGACCGAAACAAAUUUAAAAAUAAGUGCCUGUUAUGACGUCUUUGAAGCAGGAAUGAGGUUUAGUUGCGAUUAAAGCUAAGCUUUCCUUGAAUGAGCAGCUCAAUAAACUAAAAUAAAGCCUCCAAGAAGGGCAAAAUUCUGCUUUUUGUUGGAAUGUUUGAAUGACUAGCAGCAUCUUGCAGUAACUCAGUUAGUUCAUCCCCUCCAGCAGAAAACCUUGCCUCCAGGCUCCAGCGACCAGCAGCAUGAAGUUUGAGAACCUCCUUGUGGAAAUAAAUGGCUUUGGGAAGUAUCAGAUUCUGAUUUUUCUCUUGCUGGUUAUUCCACGCUUCACCCUGCCCUUUCACUUCCUACUUAACAUCUUCAUCGCCGCUGUGCCGUCCCACCACUGCGACAUCCAUGUCCUGGAUGAUGGGGAAGUCUUUGAGAACCUCACUCAGGAGCAGAGGAUGAUCGUCUCUAUUCCGGCUGAGGAAGACGGCAGUCUAGGUUCCUGCCAGAUGUUCCCACAGCCCCAGUUCCAUCUCCUGCAUGGAGUCUCCAACACUACAGCAGAACCUGCUGUUCCGUGUCAGAAUGGAUGGGUCUAUGACACCAGCACCUUUGCUUCCACCAUAGCAACUGAGUGGGACUUGAUCUGUGAGCAAAGAAAGCUGAACAAAGUGACAGCCACCAUCUUCUUUAUUGGGGUGAUGAUCGGAGCUGUGCUCUUUGGCAGCCUCAGCGACAGGUACGGCCGGAAGAGGAUGAUGCUGCUCUCCUACGUGUUGGGCAUGGCCUUCGGCUUGGCCAGCGCCUUCUCCAGCUCGUUCGUGAUGUUUGCCAUCCUGAGGUUUUUCACAGGCCUUGGAAUCACAGGAAUCAGCAUCAUCUCCACAGUUCUGAGUGUGGAGUGGGUGAGCAUCGAACACAGACGAGUGGUGGGUGUGUUGGACAGCCUGGCCUGGACUUUCGGCUCCAUCAUGCUGGCCUGCAUCGCUUACCUUGUGAAUGACUGGCACUGGCUAAUCGUCGCCAUCACAUCCCCGUUAGCGGUGGCUAUCGUAUCCUGGAGGUGGCUACCGGAGUCCGCUAGGUGGCUAAUAGCUACAGGAAGGGUGGAAAAUGCUCACUACUACCUCACAAGGUGCGCCGAAAUGAAUGCAAGUCAUGGUUUUGCAUCUAAAAUUAAGCCAGAGGACCUUUCGACCGUAGUUGUGGUGGAGAAAGGAAAGAAGACGUACAGCUACCUUGAUCUUGUGAGAACCCCCAAGAUGAAGAGACUUGCUCUGAAAACAGGACUAGUAUGGUUUGGCAUUGCCUCCACUUUCUACGGGAUCAGCCUCAAUCUUGCUGGAUUCGGUCUGAAUAUCUACCUAACCCAGUUCAUCUACGCGGCCGUAGAGGUGCCAGCUAAGCUACUGGUUUAUAACCUUUUGGAAAGAAUCGGGAGAAGAUACACUGAAGCUGGUGCUUUGCUCUUGGCGGGGAUCUGUCUCGCUAUUAACAUAUUUAUUCCUAAAGAUAAGUGGGUCUUUCGGUCGAUCAUUGCGGUGCUGGGAAAGGCAGGUUCCUCAGCCUCCUUUACUACAAUCUUCCUGUACACCUCCGAGCUGUACCCCACGGUUGUGAGACAAAAUGGCCUGGGCUACAACUCCUUCCUGGCCCGCCUGGGCGUGUCCAUCGCUCCACUCAUCAUGUUGUUGGAUGAGCUGUGGAAGCCCCUCCCCCAGAUUAUCUUAUGCAUCAUAGCUAUAGCCUCUGGCCUGACAGCAAGGUGUCUCCCAGAAACCAUGAACAGACGCCUACCAGAGACCAUAGAAGAUAUCGAGCAAACAAGUGAGAAGCCUGGUUCACCGGUGCCUAAUGACGACCUAGAGAGCGCUGAGGGGAAAUGAAUCAUAGAAACGACUGGGGCUCGUUUACGGAGUCAUCUCUGCCUGGACAACAGAGGAUAUACAUGCGUUUGUGACAAAGGAUGCUAAUCCAACACAGAGCUGCUGUUCUCUUUUUAACCACUGCUUCAAUGCAGAAAUAUAUCUUGAAAACGGAGUAAACGGAGGUGUCCAUAGAAUAAUUCUAUACGAGGUGGAUUUCACAGUUGCUUCACUGCUGUUUUUAGUGCCGUAAUAGCUGCCUGCAGUGUUAAAGCUCCUUCAAUGGAUAUGCAAUGUGCGAUUCACAGAUUGUCAAAGCAUUGCUUUAAACAUCUGAGGAAUCUUACUUUCAUUCUUUUUUACUAUACUGAAGCCAAUUCCUUCAUCCAUGCAUCAGUGCAAAAAAUAGUUUAGAAACGCUUAUUCAGGAAAGAUAUACGUCAUUGAGACCAGGGUUAAAAAUCUUUAUUUUUUAUUAUUCAAGUUUAUUUAUAAUCCAUUGCAGAGAUGGUAUAAAAAAAGAUGGAAUGAAAAAUGAGGACUAUGGUGAUAAAUGGAUUUUUCUGAAAUAUUCCACAAGGCUGUAUGCAAUGUGGAGGAUGGAUAGCUAAGUUCUAUGAGCAGAAACUGUUGGACCACAAAAGCGGUCCCCUUCCUUUCGGAAAGGCUGAUGUGAACUUUAGACAUCCUUACCCCCAAACAUCUCCUCCACAGUACAGCACUUAAUUAACAGUAGAGCUGCAGCGCCUGUCGACUAGCGAGCCAACAUCACCUCACAGGCUAUGAAUGUCAGCGCUUAGGUGAAAUUUAGCAGAAUUCCUGUUACUUCCUUAAUCAUCGCAGGUAGCUCAGUUUACCCAAAAAUAACAAUUUGUCAGUUAUUCACAAAACAUUUCCUUAAUCCUUUCCUGUUUUUGUUCUUUGUCUUUUGAAGAGAGGGCAUUUAUAUGACUCACAUUUACAGUAGAAAAAAUAAGCGAAAACAGUAUAUAAAUCACUCUUGUACACACCUGGUUUUUACCAAGUUCAGUGAUGUCUACACUGUAUCCAUUGAAAGUAAAACAGAAAGUUCAUAUGCAUACCUUUUAAUAUUGUAAAAGUAAUCAAGCCGUGAGUGCGAGUGCCAAUAACGAUUAAAAGGUUAAGAA